AUGGGGGUGGCUGCUAGUGAGCCUGGAGCUGACGUGACCCCCUCCUCAGGCAAAAACAAGUCACCUCCCCAGGUGGCUUGGCGCGGGCUCAACUUCUCCUCGCUUUAAACCAUAUUGAGAUCCACGCAAAGCAUGGAUGGCAGGGGCAUGAUUUAAAUGAAAAUCGCACCGAGGCAUAUUCUUCAGAAACACUGUAACUGACUGUGCUUUUCAAUCACAAUUAUGGGAUUAUUUGACAAACUAGCAGGCUGGCUUGGCCUAAAGAAGAAAGAAGUUAAUGUUUUAUGCCUUGGAUUGGACAACAGUGGUAAAACUACUAUCAUCAAUAAGCUGAAACCAUCUAAUGCUCAAACUCAAGAUAUUGUUCCCACAAUAGGAUUCAGUAUUGAGAAAUUCAAGACAUCCAGUUUGUCAUUUACUGUGUUUGAUAUGUCUGGUCAAGGUAGAUACAGAAAUCUCUGGGAACACUACUACAAAGAAGGCCAGGCAAUUAUUUUUGUCAUUGAUAGCAGUGAUAAACUCAGAAUGGUUGUGGCCAGAGAAGAACUUGACACCCUUCUCAAUCAUCCAGAUAUUAAACAUCGGCGAAUACCAGUUUUGUUCUUUGCAAAUAAGAUGGACCUCAGAGAUGCUGUAUCAUCUGUGAAAGUUUGUCAGUUAUUGUCCUUAGAGAGUAUCAAAGACAAGCCAUGGCAUAUCUGUGCUAGUAAUGCUCUUAAAGGAGAAGGAUUACAGGAAGGUGUAGACUGGCUUCAGGGUCAGAUUCAAGCAACGAAGACAUGAAAAGCCGAUGAACUCUGAAAAUGUCAUUAAAAGAACAUUUGUGGAUGUAUAUGACAAGCCUUGAAGAUAAAGACUUUUUUAGGUUGUUUACAGCAAUGCAUUUUAUUGAUUAUUUCUUGGGCUUAACAAAAGCCAAACUUUUUUUAAACAAUGUGUUAUAUAUGGACAUUCAUGAUAUUAACCAACCAUUUUAGUAUGGUUAAACAGAACAUUCAUAUCAUUGUAUACAUACAUGCUGGUGUUUUGGCGUUGGUACCCAGUAAGAGACAUCUUUGAACCUCAAUAAUUUGGUUCUUAUGAGGUCUCUAUAUAGUGUCUUCUGUUCAGAAGUCUGUAUUGAAAUGUAUCUUUACCAGAAUGUAAGUUUUGUUUUGUACAGAAACCAGCUUAUACCAAUUAAUUUGUUCACAGUAUCUUUUAAGAUAUACCAAUUACAUGUGAAUUGUGUUUUUAUAAGUAAUUGAUAUUUAUGAGUACCAUUCUGCUUGUAUGUGGUGAAUUAUAUUGCAUCCUGUAGCAGCUAAAAAAAUAUUUUGAUAAAUAAAAUAUGGUGUUUGAUUGAC